AUGAAAGGAGGCAAAUCAAGCGGUGCUACGAGGAAAGCCGAUACCAAGUUGUCUGUAAAGAAGACUGCAGCCAAGGGGAAAGUAGCUAAGGAUCCCAAUAAACCCAAGAGACCCGCUAGCGCCUUCUUUGUGUUCAUGGAGGACUUUAGAAAGCAGUUCAAGGAAGAUCACCCUGACAACAAAUCUGUUGCUACUGUUGGUAAAGUUGGUGGGGCAAAAUGGAAGUCAAUGUCCGACUCUGAAAAGGCACAUUUUCAAGCCAAAGCUGACAAAAGAAAGAAGGAAUAUGAGAACAACUUGGACACCUACAACAAAAAACUUGCUGGAGGUGGUAAUGAUGAUGAUGAUGAGGAUUCUGACAAAUCUAAGUCUGAAGUCAAUGAUGAAGCAGAUGAGGAUGAAAGUGAUGAUGAGGAAGAUGAUGACUGAAUCAAGAAAGUGGAAGUUGAUUCGGUGUUGAUGGUUUGAUAAGUUACCUGCUUUGUAGUUUCAUGUUACUGAUUAGAAUAGAUUUGGCUUUUAUGGUGCACAGGAAAAAGGAAAUGUAACUUUGGUUUGAUAAGAUGUUCUAGUUUUUCCAAAUUAAAUUUUGUAAUAUCGUUUUUUUAGUUUUAUUUUAUUUAUUUUUAUUUAUUUAUUUAUUAUUUAGGAGUUGUUUGAUCAUCAGAGUCAAAAUUAUUUUCAAUUUUGUAGAAUUUUCACCUGUGACUUUUGUUCUUUUCUGUGUUCAUGUUUAUGUUUACGGAACUGUUAGCUAGGCUAGACACAUAUCAAGAUCCUACCAUUUAUGCAUAAGAG